AUGUCGUCUACACAAAUACAAGCACUUCUGCGCUUUCUGACACAAGAUGCCAAGAUUCCACUGGCCGUUGCAAUGAGCAAGACUCCAGAGCUACAGAAAGCUCACCUGACUAGUGUAGAAACUUUAGCCAAAACAAACCUCACAGCCCUAGAGGAGGCGAUCUGUGACCAAAAGCUUGCCAAGCAAAUAUUCAAUGCUAGCAAACGAAUAUGCAAGAAGCGCGCAGCUCCAUCAGGUAGCUCUACAGCACCGGUUGAAAAGAAAAUCAAAAACGGCAAUAGUACUUCAAUUUUGACACCGUACGAGACCGAGUCGAGGCUCAGCCUACCAACCUCUGUGGUACAAAGCAAGGUUGAAGAGAUGACCGUGGUGACAAAUCGUGCACCCCUAGUUUUGGCCUUCGCUAUCUGCGUCUUAAAGUACACCAUGCCAGAACAGCCAAUUUCGAGUCGAUUGAGCCUCGCUCAGGCGGUGGUCAGCGCCAACAGUCGAUCCAAGGCUAUCAGUAUAGGUAUAGAGCUCAACCAAUCAGCAGAGCAGGAGGUUUGGAGUGAGGGCCAACCGGUUGUCACAGUCCUUGGAAGAGAGAUACCUGUGCUGAAACGCUGGGAUUAUGAUCCCCGUGAAGGGCUGCCCGGUGGAUCAACUUUCUUGAGCACCGAUGUCAGUAGAUCUUCUUGCCAUGAAUUUUUGGGAACAAGCGGCAAUGGCAAUACCGAUCAAAUGCCUCCGCUUUGGGGGAUCGAUUUGGAAGCAUCUCAACGCUCUCGUGGAGCCAAAAGUACUGAGAAGGGGGCCACGUCGCUGCCAAUUUAUACAGCUGAAUCUGCACGGUCGUACCUUUUACGUUCUAUCUCAGAUGCUCGGCAGGCCAUAUCAUCACCCAAAGUCAAAGCAAAGGCUGCUUUGGUCUCCAAUCAUGAAGAACCUGCUGUCUCCCUACUGUUCGCCAUCGAUUCUGUCUGUCAGUCAUGGGCCGGAACCUUAACAAAAGAAGAACUGGACAGACGGGCUUGGUUUUGGUAUCUUAAGACCAGACCAGAAGUCGAGGAUGGAAGGCAAGGCUGGGGACAAAAAGGCCAAGUGAGAUUGAAGGAUAUUCUUGCCCUGCGGAAAGAUUUUGCCUCGACGCUGAGCUGA